AUGAGUAUUAUCUCUGAACAUGGCUUCCGUAUUGACGGAAGACGUCCAGCUCAAAUACGUAAUAUCAAUACUCGUCUCGGUUUGAACAGAAACGCUGAAGGCAGUUGUUAUCUUGAACAUGGAAAUACUAAGGUUCUAUGUGCUGUGUACGGCCCGUACGAAGGUAAAGCUUCGAAACGCCUCGAAGACAGAUGCGCUAUAGUUUGUCAGUACAGUACCACAACAUUUUCGGGUCUCGAGAGGAAAAAUCGUCCACGUGGUGAUCGAAAAUCAACAGAAAUCAGUAGACUUCUCGAAAAAGCUUUUGAAUCUGUUAUUCUGACAGAAUCAUUUCCAAGAUCUCAAAUCGAUAUUUUCUGCGAAGUCAUACAAGGGGAUGGUUCUAAUUUAGCUGCAUGUGUCAAUGCUACUUCACUUGCUCUUGCUGAUGCAGGAAUCCCGAUGAAAGGCAUCGCCUCUGCUGCUACAUGUGGAAUUGUUGAUGCGAAACCAAUUGUUGAUUUGACAUCAAGAGAGGAAACCGAUCUUCUUCCUAGAGUCACACUUGCUACAAUUUGCGGUCGCGAUGAAGUUAUUUUGGUCGAGCUUCAAAAUAGGCUACAUAUUGAUCAUCUGUCGGUAGUCAUGGAUGCCGCAAAAGCAACUUGCGCCGAUGUAUAUGAAUGCCUCGCUGUAGUCGCUCAACAACAUCUCAAAGCUUGCGCCCCCAUUCUAGGCCAUUAG